CACCACCACCGCGUCCGCGGAUCCGCGGGAAAGAAACCGAGCGAGAAAGCGAGCCUCGUCGCUGCUCUGCUUGCCAUUUAUUUCCCGUCUCGCGCCACUCCAACCAGCAACUCAUCUUCCUUUCUUUCUUUCUUCUUUUCUCUCUCUUUUUUCCUUCUGCCUCUUUCUUCGCCGCUUCUUCUACCGAGCAACUCCUGCUUCUGUUUCCUCCUCAUCGGCCGCACCAGUGCCGGUGGUAAUUAGCACGGCGCUGAACGUGCGGCGGUGGCAGUAAUGGCGGCAGCCACGGCGGCUCCGCUGCGGCCGCGGCUGCUGCUGCUGCUCCUCUCCGCGCUGGUGGGCGCGUCGCGGGCGGCAAACGUGACGUACGACCACCGCGCGGUGGUCAUCGACGGCGUGCGACGAGUGCUCGUCUCCGGGUCCAUCCACUACCCGCGGAGCACCCCCGACAUGUGGCCGGGGCUGAUCCAAAAGGCCAAAGACGGCGGCCUGGACGUCAUCGAGACGUACGUCUUCUGGGACAUCCACGAGCCCGUCCGGGGACAGUACGAUUUCGAGGGAAGGAAGGACCUUGUCAGGUUCGUGAAGGCCGUCGCCGACGCCGGCCUCUACGUGCACCUCAGGAUCGGACCGUACGUCUGCGCCGAGUGGAACUACGGGGGGUUCCCGGUGUGGCUGCACUUCGUGGAGGGGAUCAAGUUCAGGACGGACAACGCGGCGUUCAAGGCGGAGAUGCAGCGGUUCACGGAGAAGGUGGUGGACACGAUGAAGGGCGCCGGGCUGUACGCGUCGCAGGGCGGGCCGAUCAUCCUGUCGCAGAUCGAGAACGAGUACGGCAACGUCGACUCGGCGUACGGCGCGGCCGGCAAGGCCUACAUGCGGUGGGCCGCCGGGAUGGCCGUCUCCCUCGACACCGGCGUGCCGUGGGUCAUGUGCCAGCAGUCCGACGCCCCCGACCCCCUCAUCAACACGUGCAACGGGUUCUACUGCGACCAGUUCACGCCGAACUCCAACGGCAAGCCCAAGAUGUGGACGGAGAACUGGAGCGGGUGGUUCCUCUCCUUCGGCGGCGCCGUGCCGUACCGCCCGGCCGAGGACCUCGCCUUCGCCGUCGCGAGGUUCUACCAGCGCGGCGGCACGUUCCAGAACUACUACAUGUACCACGGGGGGACCAACUUCGGGCGCAGCACGGGAGGACCAUUCAUCGCCACGAGCUACGACUACGAUGCCCCCAUUGAUGAGUACGGGAUGGUCAGGCAGCCAAAGUGGGGCCACUUGAGGGAUGUGCACAAGGCAAUAAAGUUGUGCGAACCAGCUCUCGUAGCAGCUGAGCCAUCAUAUAGUUCUUUGGGUCAAAAUGCUGAGGCUACCGUAUAUCAGACUGCUGGCAAUUCAGUAUGCGCGGCAUUCCUGGCCAACAUGGAUGCCCAGUCUGAUAAAACUGUCAAAUUCAACGGUAACAUGUAUAAGCUCCCAGCGUGGUCUGUGAGCAUCCUACCUGACUGCAAGAAUGUGGUAUUGAACACAGCUCAGAUCAAUACUCAGGUCACAACUUCAGAAAUGAGAAGCCUGGGAUCGAGUACUCAAGGAACUGAUGAUUCAUCCAUUACACCGGAACUUGCUACAGCUGGCUGGAGCUAUGCCAUAGAGCCUGUUGGUAUCACAAAGGAGAAUGCCUUGACAAAACCUGGACUGAUGGAGCAGAUAAAUACCACGGCUGAUGCCAGUGAUUUCCUCUGGUACUCAACUAGCAUCAUUGUUAAAGGUGAUGAACCAUAUCUGAACGGCAGCCAGUCCAAUCUGCUCGUCAGCUCACUCGGACAUGUUCUUCAGGUCUACAUCAAUGGCAAAUUGGCAGGAAAUGCUAAGGGCAGUGCUAGCAGCUCACUCAUCUCAUUGCAGACACCAGUUACACUUGUACCUGGGAAGAAUAAGAUAGAUCUUCUGAGCACAACAGUUGGGCUAUCGAAUUAUGGUGCAUUCUUUGACCUGGUUGGCGCUGGAAUCACUGGUCCAGUAAAGCUUAGUGGACUAAAUGGUGCCCUUGAUCUAUCUUCUACAGGUUGGACAUACCAGGUUGGACUCAGAGGAGAAGACUUGCAUCUGUAUAAUCCUUCAGAAGCCUCACCAGAAUGGGUUUCAGACAACAGUUACCCGAUCAACCAACCAUUGAUAUGGUACAAGACCAAGUUUAUGGCACCCGCAGGUGAUCAUCCUGUUGCUAUAGACUUCACAGGAAUGGGGAAAGGGGAGGCAUGGGUGAAUGGCCAGAGCAUUGGUCGCUACUGGCCAACCAAUUUGGCUCCACAGAGCGGCUGUGUAAACUCAUGCAACUACAGAGGAGCUUAUAGUUCGAAUAAAUGCCUAAAUAAAUGUGGACAGCCAUCACAGACCCUGUAUCACGUGCCCCGUUCAUUUCUCCAACCAGGCAGCAAUGAUCUAGUCCUCUUUGAGCAGUUUGGUGGUGACCCGAGUAUGAUAUCCUUCACAACAAGGCAGACAACUAGUAUAUGCGCACAUGUUUCAGAGAUGCAUCCAGCCCAAAUCGAUAGCUGGAUCUCUCAAUCUCAGAGGCCUGGACCAGCAAUUCGCCUGGAGUGCCCUAGAGAAGGCCAGGUCAUUAGCAAUAUCAAGUUUGCAAGCUUUGGGACGCCAAGUGGCACAUGUGGGAACUACAACCAUGGGGAAUGCAGCAGCUCUCAGGCUCUUGCAGUUGUUCAAGAGGCCUGUGUUGGGGUGAGAAAUUGCACUGUUCCAGUGUCAUCAACGAACUUCGGGGAUCCAUGCAGCGGGGUCACAAAAAGUCUUGUGGUCGAAGCUGCAUGCUCAUGACAGGUUUGACGAUGCUGGUUAGUAGGAAACAAAAGUAGUUUGAGGGGGCGAAGCCAGAAACCUUCCGUGUAGAAAACAUGCAACAAGGAAUAAAUGUUCCCACAUUGCAGGUGGAAAAGGAAUAAAUGAUCCCAAAUAGCUUUGGAGCCUUGCAAGCUGUUAGAUUAUAUGCUUAGAUUGAGUUGUACUUGUUAAUGUUAUAAAUCUCUACAUUUGUACAAGUGGAUCUUUUGCAAUUAUUUUGAGAUAUACUUGUAAUUCAAUCAAAGAUAACGCACGCCUUCCUUUAUUGAA